CUUGGAAUUGUCAUCAACAGUAAAAGCAGCAACUACCUACCGACAUUUCGAAUUCUUGGGGUCCUUCAGCGUUUUGCAUUUUGUUAUUUGAUCAGUGCAGUUAUUGAAGUCUAUUGUAUGUCACCACAACAGUCACCCGAGUAUGUUUGGUAUUGGAAAAUACGAGAUCUUGUCCGUUCAUGGUUUCAGUGGAGCAUCACUUUAGUUAUAGUUGCCAUUCAUACAGCCAUAACAUUUAACCUACCUGUUCCAGGAUGCCCCACAGGAUAUAUUGGCCCAGGUGGUUUACAUGAGGGUGGUGCCUUCAGCAAUUGCACAGGUGGUGCUGCGGGGUAUAUUGAUCGACUAUUUCUUGGUGACGAUCAUGUUUAUAAACAUCCAACGUGUGCUAAAGUGUAUGACUCCCAUGUCCCUUACGAUCCAGAAGGGUUUUUAGGGGCACUGACAUCCAUCCUUAUGGUUCAGUUUGGUAUAGCAUCUGGACGCAUCAUUAUUACCUAUAGAAGCCACAAUUCUCGCUUGAUUAGAUGGCUUAUUUGGGGAACUGUAUCUGUAAGUAAACAUGUGACAAAAUACCCCUUCAUCUUCAAAAACAUGAGCAUUUGCUUCAGUGAAGUUUAAAUAGUGUGGUAAUGG